AUGGCGGAGUGCGAGGUGUGGGGGGAGCUGACGGACAGGAGCGGUGAGUGCCGCCGUUUCACCGCCCCGGCCCGCUGCAACAUACGAGGCAUUCUCCGCGGCGUCCGCCACCUCCAGGAACAGCUGGGCGGCCCCUUGAACCAAAUGGUCCUGCAGGAAAAACAGCAGCAGCAACUGGACGUGGAGAGAGCGGCCUCUGGCUCCGGUGGGUUUGGAGCUCGGAACCCAGCUUGUCUAUAUCAAGAAGAAGAAGAUGAUGAUGAUGAUGAUGAUGAGGACAGUAAAGACAAACCAGCUGAUCAUGUUGAUGGCGGUACACCUCCAACAAAACGUACCAGGAUACAAUCCUGACACUGUGCAAGAUUAUUGUGCAAAAUACUGCCUUUUAAAGACUAUCGUCAUAUUCAUGCAUUUACAAGGCUACUCGACAACUCCUGCAACCUUAAGGAUUUAAAAAUUUUAAUCUGUUAAAAACAUGAUUUAACUUUUUUUUACUGUGUAAGUCAGAAAUUAAAUAAAUUAUCUGAUGCGUUUUCUUCUA